AUGGCUGCCUCCAACGACCUUCGGGGUUGGGUUAUGAGCGCAGUGUCUGGCGUGGCCUGCGUCCUCGGGUCGUCCGUCAUCUGCGUCGAUCUUAUCCUCCGCCGCUUCUGGCCCCGAAGCCACUUUCAAAUCGUCCACAACAAUGCCUUCCUUUCUGCAUCGCUAUGCCUCAGUGCAGGAGUUAUCCUUUUCACUUCACUUUAUAGCAUGCUUCCGACCUCCCGCGAAUACCUCAUGAAAGCCGGCUGGUCUCCCUCUCGAUCCGCAUAUGCCCUUAUCGGUCUCUUUAUUGCCGGGGUGAUUGGAAUCCGUGGGCUCUCGGCCGUCUUACACAAAUUCCUGCCGUCGCAUGUGGUGGAUUGUGCCCAUACCCAUGAUGCAUCACCCCACGACGGCUCCGACCUCGAACAAGGCAAAGGACACCCUCCGUUAAGAGUUCGAACCCACAACGGACUAUCCGAGAGAACUCCUCUUUUGACUUCAACAAAGUCUACACCUGCGGUGGUUGGCCUCCGGGGUACUGGACGUGAGGUGGGAGAUGUCAACCGUUCAGGCCGCGAACCCUGGCGGGUCCGCCUCGGACGACGAAUGUCUAGUUUGAUCGGGGGCGCAAAGGCUCACUGCGACGAAAACGGACCUUGCUAUGGGUUUUCGCAAGCCUGUGGUGACGAAUGCUCGAAGACUCUUGUCCGCUCUGCCAUCAGCGCAGACGAUGCCUCUGACACAGACAUCCAGGCUCCUGGGGUUUCGGCGGAUGCUCCCAGCUCCUCCUCUGACAUUGACAUGCCGGACGACGCGCCCUUUCCGCCUCCGAGUGAGCCCGAGGAACAUUCCAAGCACCCGGUUGCUGCCCCUCAGCACCACCAUCACGUACCGCAAAACGCUUUUCUUUCCAUUGGACUCCAAACAUCUGUAGCAAUAGCCCUGCACAAACUACCCGAAGGAUUUAUCACAUACGCAACUAACCACGCGAGUCCGACACUGGGGAUGACAGUUUUCUUAGCGCUCUUUAUCCAUAAUAUCAGCGAAGGCUUUGCCAUGGCAUUGCCUCUUUACCUCGCCAUUCAUUCUCGUGGGUGGGCGAUGUUUUGGUCUAGUCUUCUUGGAGGCAUCAGUCAACCUGCCGGUGCUGGACUGGCAGCGCUCUGGAUUUGGGGUGCCCGGAAAGCCGGUAGUGGAGCCGGGGACGGCCAGGAUGAGACCUCGUGGGCUGUCUAUGGCUGCAUGUUUGCCGUUACAGCGGGAGUUAUGGUGUCCGUUGGCUUGCAGCUAUUUACCGAGGGGUUAGUUCUAACCCAUCAGCGAAAUAUGGCCAUUGGAUUUGCCAUUGGAGGGAUGGGCCUCAUGGGCUUGAGUUUUGCUUUGACGACUUAA